AUGAGGUUGCUCGCGCCCACUGCAUCGGCUUCGCUGCUGGUCCGCCUCUCGCUCGUGCCGCACCGCGCGCACGCGCUCUGCUCCUCCGCGGCGGCGCCGCAGCGAGUCCACCUGAAGCUCGAUGCGCCCGUGCGGCACCUCUUCGAGCCGCAGAAGAAGCGGGUAUCGCUGAGGCUGCCGUCUGCCGGCGCGCUGCCGCUGCAGGCCCUGCGGGCGGCCCUAAGGGAGCGGUGCGGCGACGAGAGCGUUGAGCCGUUGCUCGAGAUCCGGCACGGAAAGCGCCGGAUCGAGAGCGACGAGGACCUCGUGAGCGUACUCGCCGUGACCGCCACGUAUGGUGGCGACGGGCCCACGCUCCAGGUCGUCGCCAGGAGCGGGAGUCAGCUGCCUCCGCCGCCGCCGGCCGCGACUCUGCUGCCGCCUCAGGUCGGGCGACUGCGCCUCGUCUCCUUCUUCCGCUUCGCGUCGCUCGGCAGCUCGCGGCGGCAGCAUCUGCUGGAGGAGAUGAGCUCGGUGCUCGCGCGGCUCGGCUGCCGCGGGAGCGUCUACGUCGCGCCGGAGGGAGUCAACGGCCAGCUCUCGGUGCCUGAGGCGCAGCUCGACGCCCUGUCGGUCGCGUUUGCGGCCCUGCGGGGCGUGGAGGGUCUCAAGCUGAACGUGCAGCACGCCUCCCUCGGCACGGUGCAGGCGGACGCCGCCACCGCCCCGUACCGCAAGCUCAUCGUUCGCGAGAAGCGGCAGAUUCUGACCGACGGCCUGACAGGCGCCUCGCUGCCCUCGUCGGCGGGGACCUUCCUCGGCGCCGAGCCGCUCGACACGAGCGUCUUCUCGGAGAGCUGGGAGGUGCUGCGGAAGCGGCUCGACGGCGUGCCGAGAGAGCGGCCGAUCAUGACCUUCUGCACGGGCGGCAUCCGCUGCGUGAAGACCAACGCCUUCCUCGAGCAGGAGCUUGGCUUCACCAACACGUUCCGCCUCCGCGACGGCAUCCACGGCUACUUGCGCCACGUGCGCGACACGCCCGGCGUCGCGUCGAAGUGGGAGGGCGACAACUUUGUCUUCUACGAGCAUGACGACGCCGCGCCUUCUGGUGACGAGGAGGUGCUCUGA